UCCACGCGCCCACCGGCCCAAGAGGCCCCACAAUCACGCGAACUUCGGUCAUCUGCGCAAGCGGGUUUGGCCAGCAAUCGAACAAAGUCGGUCACUGCAUCGUGCGCUUUCGGAUGCGCUUCUGCGGCCGUUUGGAGCCGCUCUUCCUUCCGAUAUUAGGAAGCCACCGGAGCUAUGCACUUUUAAACCUCGAUUGAAAACUCAUUUGUGCAAAACUGCUUGUUGUGUUUAGUUUCUCGUCCUUUCCCCCGCACCUCCGAUUAGCGCGGUUGGCUGCGUACGGUGCGAAAGAAGUUCAACGUGCGUACGUGCAAUCGACCCUCCCACAUCCGCCCACAGCCGCACAGGGGCCUGCCUGGGCACCUGUGACCGGAGGACGAUCGGACGAGCAAACGAAGGACAUGGCCACGUCUCGCAGACCCAGAAGCAGCUGGAGGGAACGACGGCUGCUGCUGCUGUGCUGCUUCCUCCCGGUUCUCUCUCACAGCGUCGAGCCCGCCAACGCCUCCGCCGUGGAGAAAGUGACCGACAUUCAGAGCUUGCGUCAGCUCAUCCGCUCUCGCAACAACCUCCUUGUGCUCUACGCAACCUCGGCACUGGCGGCGCAGGAGACGCUCGUCCUUCUGGAGCGCGUGGCGGACGCCGUCGCUGGAGCUGCCACCGUCGCCUGGAUCAACUGCGGGGAGGAGGGUGGUGCCGAGGCCUGCGCUCGUAUGAAGGUGGUGCCUGACGCGGAUGGAGUAGAGCUACUUCACUACAGGGAUGGCGCGUUCCACAUUGAAUAUACACGACCGGAGACGUUUAAGUCCAUGACUGCCUUUCUACGUGACCCGCUUGGAGCUCCGCUCUGGGAAGACAGCCCUAGUGCCAGAGACGUCAAACACCUCACAACUGACCAGGAGUUUCGCACCCUGGUCAAGAAUGAAGCGAGGCCCAUUUUCAUCAUGUUUUACGCUCCAUGGUGUGGUGUUUGCAAGACUUUGAUGCCGGCUUUUCAGGAAGCAGCCACGGAGCUUAAGGAAACGCACGUGCUGGCUGGCAUGAAUCUGCACGCCCCAGAGUUUGAUGGCAUCAAGCAAGAAUUCCGCAUCACAGGAUACCCAACUUUCGCCUAUAUCGAGAAGGGCAGACAUCUCUUCAACUUCGAGAACUAUCAAGCGACCAAGCAGGACAUAGUGUCGUGGCUCCUAAACCCACGUCCCCCACGUCCCCCUGCGGAAAUGGUGCCCUGGUCGCAGGACCCGGACACUCUUGUGCACCACCUGACCGCGAGCACCUUUGGCCCUUUCCUGGGCACGCAUCCCUCUACGCUGGUUCUCUUCUACGCGCCCUGGUGUCCCGUGAGCAGGAAGGUUCGUCCUGAGUAUGAGGCGGCCGCUGCCAUCUUAAAUCCAAGGCCUGACAGCCCUGGGGUGUUGGCAGCUGUGGAUGGAGCGACGGAAGCGGGCCUAGUUGAGGCCUAUGGGGUCACGACCCUGCCCAGCCUCUACUACUUCCACGAGGGCCGUCCUCUCUACAACCUGCCCAUGUCCCAUGACCGUAACACCCUGCUCACCUUCCUGCGCAACCCUCAAGACCCACAGAACUCCGAGUUGCCUUGGGAACAGCGGCCUAGCAGUGUGCAUCACCUAACCAGCCGAGACCUCCGAGACUUCCUCAAGAAGACUAAGCAUGCACUUGUCAUGUUCUACGUGCCAUGGUGCCCACACUCUCAGCAAGCCAUGUUGCACUUUACAGGAGCUGCUGAACAAUUCAAAGAGGACAGAAAGAUGGGUUUAGGUGCCAUUGACUGCAGUAAGGCAGGGAAUUCUGAGAUCUGUGGACAGGAAGAUGUGCAGGAGUACCCCACAUUCCGCUAUUACUCCUAUGGCCGGGCACUGGAACGCUACACUGGCCCACGUGGGGAAUCCGACUUUGUGAACUACAUGAGGAAGCAGCGAGGGAAGGACUAUGAGAAAGUUGGUAAAAAAUCCCACCGUGAUCUGUAAACACGGUCUGGGCCAUCGUAUCCCUUGGAGCAUCUCAACCGGCAUUUCCAAAACCUGUGAUGAGAAGAUACAAGUUCAGCAUUUUAAAUGUCAUCUGUUUUGAAUCGGCAUGUAAUGAUUUGAUGAACUGUCACAAUUCGGUGUUCACUAUUUGAUUGAAGAAUCGGUCUUGGUUUAGCAUCUUGUUUGUAUUGUUACUGUACUUGCGUAUCGUUUGGUUUGUACAUUUUGCCCCAGUAGCCCACUUGUAACACGUAUCAUUUGCAAAAAAAACAUAAUAGAUUUAUCCAUGCUCGAUUCGGUGGUGCAGUGGUUCGUGUAUUGCGCUAUGAAUCCCACGAGUGUGAUUCCCGGUCACGGCUAACAUUGGUGCAGUGAUUUUUUGACUGGUCUUGCGGCACACUCUUACUCCAAACCACAUAGGCCAUCGUGGUGAAGUAUGGUCAACCGAUCCCUAUGACCUACACAAUGCGGAGAUACCUUUAUCCAGCAGCGGAUUGACAAAGGGCUGUAAAUCAUAUACAGUGGUCUAUGUUUAACACCAACGAUUUCCCGAAUGUGCUGUCGGCAUGAAUCCGCAAAGAGAAGCGUGAUUCCUUUUCAUCGCACAAAUUGCUGCAGGAAUCGGUCUAAAAUUAUCCCUUCAUAUCACAAUCCUUUCUUUCUUUACGAUAAGUGGACUUCUCUCAUCAACAACCACAAAGCUUCCACCCGUUCAUGGCAUGUGAAGUUAACACCGAUAUUUGAGCCAUGCAAAGUGGAUCACUCUCACAGUGGUUCAAUGAAUUGUCAUGACUUGGGGCUACGAUUCAUUUUAAAAAGUCGAUCGUUUUGUUGACGAAUUUGUGUUGCCAUUUUCUCUCGUUUGUAUGCCUCGUUUGCAGUUAUAUAUACCAAAUGAGCAUACGUACAACAGCAUAUCAUAUGCGUACACUCUUCAUAGAUCAUGUUUUUGAUGCUUACAAUCCGUUGCAGGUAUGGUGAGUGUAAGAAAUGUGUUUGAUCAGUGAAUCGAUGUUUCAUUAAAUGCACAGUAUUUAUCAUCAUAUUUAGUCAUCAGGGCCUUGGGACAUAAAUAAAAUGCGAGAUAAACUUUUCUUCAUGAUGGUUAUUUCUUUGUACGGUCAUUGUUGACCACGUUGAGACAUUCCAACUUGCUGCACCCAAGAUUCUUGUUUUGCCAUUCCAGUACGUGGUCUCUCCACUCUUCAAACCCAUGUGUAAUGAUCGAGGGGUUGAAAGUAAUUUUAACAAGCCUACAAAACACGGAUUCUGAAGGUGUUCGAGUUUUAUUUUCCAAAUAUAAGUUAUUUCUGUCCUGAUUUUGGAAUAAAACAGUUGACG